AUGCCACCAUCUCAUCUACGACUUUCGACGUUGACGACGCUUACGACAAGAGGCCGCGAGCCAUGUCCAUCUUAUCAUUCGCACAUGAUGGAGGGUGUGAUCAUCGAGGACGGGCAAACCGUGGACCAGGAUGCGCCGCCUAAUUACCGACCUCCAAGCACCCUUCCUCCGUCCUUCACAGAGGUCAGAUCGCCGCCCCCUAUUGGCGAAGCAAGCAGGCAGGGCUCGGUGCACCAAUUUCCGCAAGAAAGCUCGGCCGGCGAGAAAUCUCUCGCCCUCACCUUGUGGAGUAGCGCCAGCUCCAAGAAGCACACCCCCUUGUUCUUCGAGGGGGACGACAUCGAAGGCUCGGUAUCCUUAAAGUUGGCGAAGGCAGAGUAUGUUCAGGCAAUCAAAAUAGCGGUCAGAGGCAAGCUCAUUUCGGGCUCGACGGCCUCAGCACCCCCGAUGCUCACCUUUCUCGACUUCUCGCACACUGUCUGGGAUCGCGAUAUGCCUCACCCACAAAGUCUAACCCCCACGCACCCACAAUUUGAUGGAAAACUCUCUCCGGGCGAAUACACAUGGCCGUUCUCAUUCAUCUUCCCCUCAGGGGUCACCCUCGCUGGCUGUCACGCAUCGCACCUUCCGCACACCUUUCUCGAGAGAGAUUUGAACGGCAAUGUUCAAUAUGAACUGGUUCUCCGCCUCGUUCGGGGCAAAUUUAAACCUGAUAAGAAGAUACGUACUAUGGUCGCACACAUUCCAAGAAUCGUCGCGAUGCCUCCCCUACCACUUCGCCAGCGAGCUUAUCUCCAGAACACGGUACUCUUCGGGCCUGAUGACGACGCUGAAGGCUGGUUGACACUUUCACCCACAAUGGUCUAUGGCAAAGUGUUCAACAAUCGACCCGCUGAGGUCAAAUGCGUCCUUUCCAUCUCACAACCACUGUCGUACGCUCGUGGCACUGUCAUACCUUGUUACCUCAAGAUCAUGAGCUUGGAUUCGCAAACUCUCGAUCUGUUGACAUCCUCGUCCAUCGAUGUGCGCUUACGUAGGAGCGUGAAUUUUUACUUCGGCGUAUCGAAGGGGAACAAGAAAUUGACACCCACGCAAACCCAAACCGACGACAUUGAAGCGGCUGUUUGGCGACCGCUCCCACCAAUGCGGGCUUCCUCCAGCGUGCAAUCGAUGCGGCAGUUCGAAGGCGAGAUACACUUGCCGAAGGACUUACAACCUACAUCCGAUUUCUCGUUGCUUACUAUUGAGUACUCCGUUGUGCUCCUCCCUUUCGCCGUCACAGGCUUCUCGGCACGAAAUAGCGAGCCGUCGCUGGCCCAGCCGGUGGAUAUCGUCACGGAGUGCGCGCCUGGCCCUCGGCAUAUCCAAUACCUACCCCGCGCAGCAAGAAACUCUCGCCUGAAAAGCCCGACUCAGCGAGGAACAUCGGAUGAGGUGGAUUUGAUGACCAAUAUAGGAUCGUUCAACGGCUUGCUCAUGGGAUAG